AUGACAACAAACAACGAUUUCAAUCAUCCUAUUGUCGACAACAGUAGUGGUGCUCCUACCCAUCCUAUUGUCGUUUCACCCAACAGCAGUGGAUCGUCGCCUGAUACUCCUUCACCAAGCAGCACCAUUUUUACCCCGACAAGCAUAAGACAAUACCCUCCUAAACCUUUAGUUUACUCGGACGACAUCAACCCUCCCCCAGAAAAUGUCAUCAAAACACGUAAAUCUUGCACCCUAAAGCAUGAUGAGAAUACACCCACUGCCCAUCAUCAUGCUAUCAACAUUGAUUCUUUGCAUAGAAGAUCCUCGGAACCUACUUUUAUGCCAGCAACUACUGGCAAGAACCGCGUCUUUUCAUUCUUUCGUUCAAGCCUGCGUUGA